UGCAUGCUGGCUUGUCUCCCUUGCCUGUACGCCGUGUCAAUUAAGAAGCGAGCAGAGAGAGAGAGAGACGGAGAGGUGUGAAAGAAAUCAAGAGGUUGGGGGGGGGGUAAAACAACAUCGUCGUUUCGAGAAGAAGAGUGCAAGAACGCAGGUGGAAGAGCGGCGAGAAUCGGUGGGGUGGAGGGUGUCGCAGAAGACAAAUUUGUCGCCAAUUGUCAACGAUGGCGAAAGAGAACGGUGGAAGAAAAGUGAACGUUUAAAAGGACAACAACAACAAAAAAAAUAACUUUAAAAAAUCAAAGCGAAGAUUUCGAAAAAGAAGGACGAUGUAGACGAAGAGGGUGAGGAGGAAGAGGAAGAAGAACAAAUAUAAUUUAAAUAAGGUGGUGGUUUUGUUGUGUGUCUCAAAAGGGCCCAGGCCACCGCGUGUGCGCCCAUAACAACCGGCCGCGUCCUCUAGCGAGCCGGGCACUUGACCAAAAAAACAACGCCUCUCUCGUCGUCUCUUGUUUUAUUUUCACAUCAACAUUAUAACUACGACUAUUACCUGCGCUGCCGUUUGAGAGAAGGAAGAAAGGAAGAAGAGGAGGAGGAGAAGAGAGGGGGGGUUGGUUUACGUGUUGUGCGUGCGUGCGUGCCAAUUGUGUUGGGUCACGAAUGCAUGCAGACAAUGGGUGACUUGGCAUCGUUGUCGUCAAUCGCGUGGGAUUUCUACGUCGUUGUAGGGUUUUGAUUGCUGAUAUAGAACAACACAACACAAAUAAUUGACGGUGGUGCUGGUGGGUGACCGGCCGGUUCCAUCGGAAGAACACGAAGAUAAUUACAGACGUAAUUCGGUAAGGAAGACGAUUUCACAACGGCAAGGUACACCAUGCCAGGCUGUGGAGGUGUGCGGGUCUCCUUGGCCGAGGUUCUGGAGGUGCAGAAUGGGCCCUUGAAUGAAGAAGAAAUUUGGGCCAUUUUAACCCAAAGCGCAGAAGCCUUGCAACAUCUGCUCGCCACAGACGGCGAGUUGGUGUCGCCCCACGCCGCGCUGGUGUCACCGUGGGCCCUGCUGCUGCUGCCUCAUGGCGCCAUCGCCUUGGCCGCCGAUGGCCGGGAGGCACGGGGUCACGACUUGUCGGCCUUCACGCCUCCUGAGUGCAUGCGCUGGCGCGGCACGCCACUCACUACGGCCGCUGCCGAGAAGGUUCUUGUGUACUCCCUCGGAAUGACUCUGUACUGGGCGGCUGAUUUCCAAGUGCCUGAAAAACAGCCUAUAAAUCUGGACGAGCGCAUCAACGGGCUUCUGCUGAGCAUGUGUGAGGACUCGGUCCAUCUCCGCGCGCCCGUGUCUGCCAUCCUGAGCUCCUGCAUUGAGCACAGCAAGCUGAGUGGUGCCAAGCCAGCGAGCACAUGUGUCAGAAAUCUGGCGAGGAUGGUGCUGGGCAGCAUCACACAGCUGGACAAGACUAAUGGCGGCACGGAGGGGGCAGAGGAUGUGCACUCGCGAAGACAGCGCAUCCGGGAGAAGCUCAGGAGAAGAACGCAACCGGUAUCGCUAGGCCUGCCCGAGGGAGCCGUGAGCAUAGACGCAGGCAACGGAAGGGACAUGUCCCAGGCUGCCAUGCUGAGACACAGAACAGACAGGCCUGCCAUCAAUCACAUGAGCAACGGGCUCAGCAAGUCGGUGGGACAUCUCGCGUACGCCGCCAACAGGGGCGAGGACGCCUGGCGCUCCGCGGGGCAUCUGGACGAUGCGAGGACGACGACGCCAACGGUGCCGUCCUCCUCGAGGGCCUACGAGCCUCCGUUCUCGGGGCGGCCACCAGAGUCGACCCGCGGCUACGAAGCGGCCGACCACCAUUCGCGCCACGGCACGCCGUUGCCCUGGACCGAACACCGGUACCACACCAUCGGGCACGAAACGCGCUCGCGCAGCCCCCGCGACACCGCCGUCGUCACCCCCGUGGGCUCGGAGGCGUCCAUGUCGACGGUGCGCGCGAGCCGCUACGACGAGCCGUAUGCCGCGCCGCCCGCGCCGAGGCCCAGGAGCCACACGCUGGGUCGCGUCGCCGGCUACCCCGGCGCGGCCUACGCCGACGACGGAGGGGCGUGGCACUCGGCGAGGGACGGCGGGGGGCGGCCGCGCUCGGAAGUGAUGGCGACGCCGGUGUACGCCUCGACGUCGGCGCUGUCCGACGCCUACGAGAGGAUCCGCGAGAAGCAGAGGACCCUCCACGUCUUGCGCGAAGCCCUGGGAACUGAAGGUCGGGAGCGCCAGCUCGCCGCCAGCUACGCGGGCGACAGCUGCAGCACGUCCGGUGAGGAGGUGCCCGGCAGGGACUUGCCCAUGAGACAAGGGGCCAGGAGUGACGUAGCCUCCUCGAAUCGUGCGAUGUCACCGGUAACGUUUGAGGACGACAUUUUCUCCAGCAGCCGCCCAUUCCCUCACAAUGACAGGCGGUACGAUUUUGCGCAGUCGGACAAGGUGCCGAGCCGCGAGGUGAUGCUGCGGCGGCAGGGAGAGGAGCUGCGUGAGCUGCAGGCUCGCAUGAGGCAGAGGCAGGGCUACCCGGCGCCGCUGUCGCCGCUGCGCGAGUCGUACGCGGCGGCGACGCCGCUGUCGCCCAUCCACGAGCUCUACAACUCCCCGCAGCGGCAGGACGGCAGCACCGAGGUCACGUUUGGUCCAGAGUUUGUGAGGUUGGCCAGCGAACCACCGAUAGCCCUCGAGGUUCCAGUCUCCAUAUUGGUGCAGUCCAAGAAGGGCAAGGCGGAGGACACGCGACGGCAGCUCAUGGUGAUCCUGCUCAACGGGCAGAGGCUGGAGCUCACCACGGACCCCAAGGCCAAGGGGAAGGAGGUGUUUGACUUGGUGGUGGCCCACACUGCGAUGGUGGAGCCGUCUCUCUUUGGCCUCGCCUACAGGAAAGACGCAGAGUUCUUCUUCCUGGGCUCGGACGUGAAGCUGCACAAGGUGGCUCCGGAGAGCUGGCGCGAAGGCAACAAGCGACGGCACAAGGCGGUCGACCCCUUCAACCUCUACCUCCGAAUCCGCUUCUUCCCCGACAACCUCGCGCAGCUCGAACACGAGCAGACAAGGCACCAGUACUACUUGCAGAUGCGGAGGGAUAUCUUGGAAGAGAAGGUGUCCUGUGACAGCGAGACAGCGAUAUUACUGGGCUCACUUGCCCUGCAAGCCGAGUACGGGGACUACAUUCAAAAGCUGCACGGGAAGAACUAUUUCCACCCUGAGCUCUACCUGCCGGGCAGCACCAUAUCACGCCUCACCACAGCCUACGUCCGCGACGAGAUGCCUCGCCUGCAUGCCAGCUACAACGGCGCCGUCCGCACCACCUCCGAACUCGAGUUCCUCAAGGUGGCCCAGAUGCUGCCCGACUACGGCAUGCAUUUGUACCGCGUGCGCAUGGAGAAGAAGUCGGCGGGUACCGUGCUGUUUGGGAUCUGCGCCCAGGGCGUGGUGGUCUACAGCUUCCCCAACGGCACCCGCACCGCCAGCCUCAAGUUCCCCUGGAGGGAGACCAAGAAGAUCUCCUUCCAAAGGAAGAAGAUCACGAUGCAGAACACGAUGGACACGGUGAAGCACAUCUACCUUGCCGACGACCUCAAGACGUGCCGCUACCUGCUGGAGUUUUGCGCCGCGCAGCACGCCUUCACCAUGCAGCGGCGGGGCCGCCAGCACGUCUCUGGGCUGCACUUCUACGAUGACUGCUCGGGCACGCUUGGGCUGACGGGCGCCCCGAGCAUGAUGGAGUUGUCGGCCCCGACUCCGCAGCCUCCUCGCCCCCGCCUGCACUCCAUGCAUGUGCAGCUGCUGCACAACUUCUCGCGCUCGCAGGUGGACCUGUGCGGCGCCCGCCGUCCGUCGCAGGACAACGCCAGCAUGGACGACUCGUACCGACAGCUGCCCGCGCGCCUUGGGCCCGUGGUGCGGAGCCCGCGUAACUCAGAGUGGAGGCUAAGUACGACAUCAGAAAUGCUCAUCCCUGGCAUGGUGGAUGGCAAUGACGGAGCGAUGCGGUCCAGACCCGUGACGCCCCCCCCCGAGAGGAUUAUCUCCUUCAUCCAGCUGAAGAAGCACCCGGCGCACGGCCUCGGGUUUGACAUCGUCGGAGCGGACGACAUGGGCCAACUUGACCUGGGCAUUUUCAUCAGCUCCAUCACCCCCGGGGGUCCUGCUGAUAAGAACACGCAGCUGAAGCCCGGCGACCGGCUCAUCUCGGUGAACAACACGAGCCUGGAGGGGGUGUCGCUGGAGACGGCGCUGCACAUCCUGGAGUCAACGGGUGACGACGUGAUGCUCAUCGUCUCUCAGCCCAGGCACCCCCAACAGCUCAACCAAGGUGCUUGGCACUCGGACACCGGCUCAGCGUUAAAAGCGGCGGUGUUCAUUCCCAACGGCAAGAGGAGGCCGAGCCACAGCAGCGCGGCGCGGCGUUCCACCGCCACCGCCACCACGCACAGGAAGAAGGACAGCAUGAGCUCGGAGGUCUCCGGCACGGAGAGCGAGCAGCACCAGGGCCCGCCGCCGUUCGACGCGCACCCGGCGUCGCACGCCGUCGCCGACAGAGGCCUGAGCCCGCAGGACCUGGAGCGGAUGCUGCCGGACGGCAGCAAGUCGAGCGCCGCCGUCGACAGGGCCACGGGUGGCGGCGGUGGCGGCGGCGGAGGCAGGGCGGCCAGGGACGACACCACGGAUGGGGGUGCCUCAUCCCGCAAAGUCUCGUUUCUGCAGGAGGUUCGCAAAGUCGAGGCCUUGAAAGGAAAUGGAGGCCUGAAGCCAGGGGACGUUUACACCCUGGAGCUCUACAAGCAGGACGGAAGCUUAGGGUUCAUCGUCACGGGUGGGGUCAAUACGACGGUGAGGCACGGCGGAAUUUACGUCAAGGCCGUCGUGCCAGGCGGAGCCGCGGAUCGUGAUGGGCAGAUCCAGAAAGGCGAUCGGCUGCUGGAGGUGGACGGAGUGAGCAUGCACUCGGUCACGCACAAGCAAGCCGUGGAGACUCUUCGCAAGACGGAGGAGCAAAUGGUGUGCCUGGUGCUGGAGAAAUGUGGCGCUCAGCUGGAAGACUUUGAAGAUGUUUCCAAUCCUGGAUUGCAGACCUCGACGAGCAGGGAGUUGUCCCCCAAUUCUCAAGUGAAGCGCUGGACAGAGGCGGGAGACUUCAAGUACUACAGCUUCGUGACGGAGAACAACGUGUUCGAGGUGCUGCUGAGGAAGGGCGUCGGCGGCCUGGGGUUCAGCUUCAUGGGCGACACGGACCCCGGCUCGCCGGAGGCCGUGCGCACCGUAGUGCGCGUCAAGCGGCUCUUCCCGGGCCAGCCGGCGGACGCGAGCGCCCGCAUCCUCCCCGGCGACGUGAUCCUCCGCGUCAACGGCAUCCCCCUCAAGGGCCUCUCGCACCAGGCGGUGCUGUCCGUGCUGCGGGGAACGAGCGACGACGUCUCCCUGCUGCUGUGCCGCCCGGAGCCGAGCGCCCUCCCUGAAGUCGACCCGUCGCUCAUGAGCCCCAUCGGCUCCCCGGUGAAGGAUCUGAGCCGAAUGAACACUCCGGCGCCCCGCCAGGCGGGCAGCACGCCCACACCCCACCCCAGCCUCGCCACGUGCGGCCCCUACGAGAUCGAAGAGUCGGCGGUGGCGCACGGCCACUGGGACGACGAGGGCCUGGACGGGAGCGGGAGCGCCGCCCGCACGCCCACGCGCAGGGACAGCUACAGCGACAGCACCGAGUACGAUUCCGACGGCGGUGGCGCUGCUGCCGCCGCCAGGGAGAAAGGCGCCAAGCGGCAUCCAGCUGGGCACUCUGGGUCUUCGUUCACACUGCCCGCGCCAUCCCCCGGCUUCCGGUAUCUCCCCGAGGUGCCCUCGCCGACGCCCCUCGACCAGGCCUACCUCAGCUCCAGCGAGGCCUCGCUCACCCCCCCUCCGCCAUCGCGCGACACCAACUUGGACCGCUCCGAGCCGCCCUCGCUCUACCAGUCCAUUGCCGAGGCUGCGGAGGAGCGCACCACUCCCUGGGAGGAGACGGACGGCGCUCCGCCGCCGAGCGGAGGAGCGGGCGUCGUGGAGCGCGACGCAGGCAGGGAGGCUGGGCCGUGGGUCGAUGUCGACGACGAGGAUGAGUGCGAUGAAGAGUUUGAGGAGUACGCUCCGGAGGUGGAGGUGGAGCUGACGCUCGAGAAGGGGCCCGGCGAGGGGCUCGGCUUCACCGUGACGAGGGGCACUGAGGACGGCGCCGCCUACAUCCGCGAGGUGGUGGAGGGGCCGGCGCUGCGCGACGGGAGGCUGCGGGCCGGCGACCGCCUCAUCGCCGUGAACGGAGUGGAGGUGGCCGAAAUGACCUACCCCCGCGCGGUGGCCAUGCUACGCUCCACGCCCCAGUCGGUGACGCUCGUGGUUGGCAGGGCUCUGAAGAACCUGGGGGUGCCUCCGCCGGCACACACGCUGCCGACCAUCGUCCUGCAGCCCAAGGAGAAGGGCCUGGCUGGUCUGAGCUUGUGCGGGGGCAUCGGCAGCCCGCACCAGGCGGUGCUCGUGGGCGGCGUUGACGCCGGCUCGGCCGCCGCCUCCGAGGGCAGCCUGGCGCCCGGCGACCGCGUUCAUUACGUCAACGGGGUCAGCGUGCUGGGCAUGACGCUGGCCGAGGCACAGCACACCAUCUCCAGCGCCGACGGAGAGAUUCUCGUCAAAGCCACCAGAGAUGGUCAACCCGUGGUCCCCAUCAAAGCUACGCCCCGCAGGGAGCAGAUACCAAACGGGAACACGGAUCUAAUGGCGGAAGACCCUGAAAACAGCCGAUCAGAUCAAGACGUGACAUCAGAAAAUGGUGUCACCGAUGAAGAGGAGCGGCAUAAUGAUACGGACAGUUCCGAGGGCGGCGCCAUCAGCAUCGAGUUGGAGAAACCCGUGGGCGGAGGUCUCGGAUUUUCGGUGGUGGGCGGCGAUGAAGGUCUGCCGGUUCUGGUGAAAACCGUCUGUGCGGGUGGAGUAGCGGCACUCGACGAUCGGCUGAGAAUUGGCGACACGUUGCUAGAGAUAAACGGGGAGCGGGUUGGCAGCAUGUCGCACGGGCGAGUGGUGGAGAUGUUGCGCAAGGCCCAGGGCUGGGUGAGGCUGCUGGUGGCCCGGCCACCACCACAGCCACCCAGCAGGAGUCCAUCGGAGGCGCUCGCUGAAAGCCAAGCGCCAGCGCCGCUCGUUGACGAGCGCUCCGGGCAGGAAUCGCUGGAUCUCGACGAACCGGACUCAGAGCUGCUGCCCAACGACUUGGCAGAGGUCUCCAUGCAGAAUGGCCACUCCCAGUCGAGCAGUAUUGUCCCAGAGCCUGCUGGGAAUUCAACGUGUGACGAGCUGGACCCCGAGGAAGAUUCUAUUUCACUGCACGAUAGCAAGGAACAUCUACAUCAUAAUGGAGAGGAAGAGAGUGACGACGACUACGGGAAUGGCUGGGUGACCGAAGACGAGGAUGAAGAUGGGGAAGACGAAGAGGAAGAGUUUGCCGGCAAGGAGGAGACUGAUACAGACUCAACCCUGUCAGACAUCGUGUCGGAAGAGGCGAUAAAUGCCCUCCCUCUGGCUGUGCCACCACCGGACAGCAUUUACACGGGGGUCGAGCUGGAGGCUUUCAUCAAUAAAUUGCAAGUGCACAUCACACAGCAAGGACCAGAGAAGGAGUUCCAGAGGCUGUGUAAUCUGACCCCGCGGGACGGCUGCUUAGUGGCGUCUGCUGUGGAGAAUCGAGAUCGGAACCGCUAUCGGAAUGUCCUCCCCUUCGACGCGACGCGCGUCGCCCUGUCGGGCCGCGAGGACGACUACAUCAACGCGAGCCACGUGGCGCUGCGCGCGGGCGACGCGGCGCUGGCGUACAUCGCGUGCCAGGGGCCCCUGCCGCACACGGCCGCCCACUUCUGGCAGAUGGUGUGGGAGCAGCGGGCGCGCGUCCUCGCCAUGCUCACUCUCGAGACGGAGCUGGGCCGGGCAAAGUGCCACCGCUACUGGCCCGAGUCGCGGUCGCGCGCCACGGAGGUGGGGCCCUACCGUCUGGUUCUGGAGCAGCAGCAGACGCUCAAGAGCUUCUGCAUCCGCGUGAUCAUGAUCACCGAAGUGGAGACCGGCAUUCGUCAGCGAGUGACCCAGCUCCAGUUCACGCAGUGGCCCGACCACGGCGCGCCGGCCUCGGCCGGACCGCUCGUGCGCUUCCUGCGCUUCGCGCGACGCCUGCAGCUCGCGCUCGCCUCCCAGCCCGAUUCGCGCGGCUGUGACGACGCUCCAUCUGGCACCGCCGGCGCCGCCGUCACCGGGCCAACGUCAGCCGGGCAGGGGCAGCAGCAGCAGCAGCAGGAGGACGAGGAGGACGAGGAGGAGCCGGGGCCCCUGGUGACGCACUGCAGCGCCGGCGUGGGACGGUCCGGCGCGCUCAUCUGCCUCGACGCGGUGCUGGCACACAUAGACCACGGCCUUGAGUUUAACAUUGCCGACAUUGUGAGAGAGAUGAGGACCCAGCGCUAUGGCAUGGUGCAGACGCUGGAGCAGUACAUCUUCUGCUACAAAGCAGCGCUGGAGACGCUACAGUAUUUGAAACGGAGGGAGGAAGAUUUGAGCUAGUGGCAUUAUAGCAAGCGGGCCGACAUUGUAUCAGAAGCAGCGUCGUGUGAGAGCACUGCAUUUGACUUGGGUCCCUCGCCUCCCAACGAAGAUUACAUGAAUGCAUCUUACCUUCCGCUAACUGGAAAGUUAAUCAUUUGUCUGCCUUCGUCUGUCUGUCUGUGUCUGGCAGUCUACCUGACUAUAAAAACAUUCAAAGUAUUAAUCUUAUAUUUUUGUGGUGAGGUUAAAGCUACUGAUUGCGUACAACGCUCCUGCACACAUGUAUAUAGAACAUAUCAAAAUAAUCCAUACUGUAGUUUUAUAAUAAUGAUUGAACAACGUUACCGUUAGUCUUAUGAGACGUAAAAUCAUACACAAAUGUAAUUUACUCUGCUCUUAUAAAGAAAAUUACCAAACUCACCUUUGAAUCAUGCUUUUGUAACAAAAUACAAAUUCAAACGAUGUCUGACAAUGUACAAAAUGGCUUCUACCUGGAAAAUAUUUUUUUUAUCUUUUUCUUUUCCCGUCUGACUUGAUAGUUGAUACUAUUAAACACGAUUUAUUUGUUUUGGUGACUUUUUUUAUAAUACACACGAGGCAUUCCGUGCGAACCCCCAGUAUGUUUCACAGGGCGAUUCAUUUAUAGAUACCCCGUUAUUAUUUUUCAUCACGUUCGGCUACGUACGGCGUGAAAGAAGUUAAACGUACGUACAUCUUCUGGUGAAACUCCUCAACACCUUAUUUAAAUAUUGCCCAAGCAGUGAUUCUGCAAUCUCACAGACGAGAAUGUUCAACGUCUGUAAUUUGUUGGAAGACGUGUAGGUGGUGCUUUAAAAUAAAAUGUUUUGUGUACAGUGUGUUACUUGAGUGGGGUAUCUAUACGCGGAUCGCAGAGUGUUCAUUUAAAGCCAAGAAUUGUUUUGUAGUCCACAUUGUUGUGAACAGAAUGUUUGCAUUGCAGCCUAUGGGACCACUUAAUCUUAAUCGUAACCAAAAUGCAAGCAACCCUGCAUCUUUAUUGUAAAAAAAAAGGAUUCUCUUAAUUAUACCACUCAGGAAGCAAAGGGGCGCUAUCAUGUAGUUCUUCUAUAAAGCAUUUAUUUUUGUAAUCGACAAAGUAUUGCUUGGCAACUAAAUACAAUGCCUUGGAAGUGAAUGUCUCGUUCACUGCGUGUGUGUGUGUGUGUCUACGUUGUGGAGGGCAGCGGUAGUUUAGUUUAGAAAGCGCCCUGCACAGACGAAGCCCUGCGUUUCAAUCCCCGCCACGGCUAACACCGAUGGUUUAUUAUCCGAACCAGUCCUGGGCCUUUUUCUCUGAUCGACUCAGCCUUAACCGAUAACCCGGUGCGGUGUGUAAACGUCAGGUAAUGCAAUGGCAGCCGCGUGUGGUGCUGGCCACACUACCGUCCCCUCCUUUUGUGCUGCACAUUUCUGGCCUUCAUAUGUGCUAAUGGAACUUGCCCCAACAGCCUUUGUAGGCAAUACUGGAGGAAGCGGGGCGGGGGUGGGGGAAAGAUCUUUGCACUCUUCGUUAUGAUAAAGCUACAUUCUCAAUAUUUAGCAGCCUUUUAUUCAUCGGUAAUGGUUUAUGGGACCUUUGUGUUGGUCAGCAGGUCUUGUGCUGAAUUUGGCUGUGUUGACUGUAUUUGUGGUAGAGCGAUCGUGCUGAGCCGUUACUCUUGUUGUACAGUCGUGUUCUAUAAGCGCGGGAGUCGUUGCGUUCCUGAAGAACACUGCGUUAUGGAAAAAUCGCGUAAUAUAUCCAUAAUGAAGGUUUUUGGGUUAGAUCGCGUAAGUAUGAAUGUGUCGUAACCCUCCACCACCAAACAAACCCAAUUAGUAAGGGAUUUGUCACCUAAACACAACGCCAAUUAGUUACUACAAAUCCCUUACUAAUUGGCUGUGUCGGGUGGUGGAGGGUUACGACACAUUUAUAUUUACGGUAAUCUAACCCAAAAACCUUUAUUAUGAAUAAUAUUGGUCGCGAAAGCCUACUUGUUAUAAUAAUAUAGAUUAUUAGGGUAAAGCACAGUCCGCGAGAACACGUGAGUUGCAUAUGCAGGCUGAACAAAGACUGAGGCUCGUGGGUAGAAUCUGGAAGCAUCCAGCAGUAUCCCGCCUCGUGUGAUGCUACGCCGAGGCCGCCGUACAGCCCCUCAUUCCUACUCGCGCAAUGUAGCACCGUUCACUCAAUCGCGUUACAUCCAAUUCGCAUCCGCGUUUAAAAAAAAAAUGUGUUCCCCAUACAUUAAUCGCGUUAAAUCCAAUUGGCGUGAAAACAGCACUCGGCAUUAUAGGGGAACGGAUUGUAUUGACGGCUGCGUUGCUUUUUCCGUGCUGUUGUUGUUUCCAGUGCACAGCGUGCUUAUGUUAUCCAUGAAAAUUUUGAGAAACGUGUAAAUAAAAUUCAACUCUAAAUUCAAUGUGUUGUAUGCUAAUUAAAACAUGUGCCUGCUAUAGCGGUGUUUACUCCAAAUGACGGUUCACACAUUUCAUGAUUCUAAAUUCCUCUGACGUGAUUUUUUAAAUGUAUAUUUGAAUUCAGGUGAAUGUAACAUUUCAAUCAUGUUCUCGUCUACUAUGUGUUCCUUUGUAACUUAAAAUGUAAAGGUCUACAUAGUGAGAAAUACAUGCAUUGUGACUUGUGUGAUGUUUAAUAUUUUGCCCGGUAUAUUUAAAGAUUUUUUUUUUACUCAUUUUAAUUGUCGCUAUAUUAAAUAGUAUUCAUUAUAGCAGCGCUUAACUAAAUGUAAGGGGUGGAGGUUAAUAUGGUUUGAGAACAAAAGACGAAGAGAGGUUGCUCCAAUUGGAUGCAAUUUUUUUUAAGCUCCAAUUUUUCACAUUCUUCACAUUAUGGUGUUUUGAUAAUUAUCGGGCUGUAUCUAUUGGAAUGAAUAUUCGUACAAUAAGCAAAGUGUGAAACCUUACGAUGAUGAUUGUUCUCAAGACUUUGGGUUGAGUGAGCUACCUGCAUUAAUAUCCGAACGCCUACACAUAUCCAUAAUAGAGGUUUUUUGGUUGGAUCGCGUAAAUAUACAUGUGUCAUUAAACCCGCCACCACCCGACUCAGCCAAUUAGUAAGGCUUUUCACGUAAACAGAACAUGCCAAAUCGUUACUAGUUCAGCACACCGGUGUAUUGGAGAGAAAAUCCAUAAAAUGUAUAAUCUGAGUACGACGUUUCGCCAGUAAUUACACCAGCAUGAUCAGGCGACAGCCAGAGUUGUGGAGAAAUCCUCCUGUUUCAGUCUUGAAUAGCAGGAAAAAUGUGAUAUCACUUGUUUGCCAAUCGUGUGCGAUGGCCAGAGGGGGGUGGGGGGAUCAUGUAUGUAUAUAAAUUACAAUGUAUAGCCAUUACCGGUUGGGUUAACCUUACUAAUUUGCUGUGUCGGCGGGCUUAAAGACACUGAAAUUCACGCGAUGUACUCCAAAAAAUUAUUAUGGAUAAUAUUGGUCACGAACGCCUGCUACGUGUUAAACCGACAUAUUUUUUUUAUAAUAACUUGCAAUCAUGUUGUUUAUUCGGGUGAGCUUCAUCAUGAGCCCGCUUUUACUCUGAGACGUUCAAUUUCACUAUUCAAGCGCAACUACGUGUCCCUGUUAUUUUUAAAAUGAAAAGUUAUACAUAUUGAUUUGUACAUAUUGUUUUAUUACAAACGUGAUAUCACAUGUUCGACGAUAGCAACUCAGAUCUAUAUCGCCGAAAGCUUUCUUUGUUGUUGUAAAUAUUAUGUUUACGUGGAAU